UCGCGCUCUCGCUCGCGCCCCCGCCCGUCGCCCGCGCAGGCCAGGCAUGAAUGCUGAGACUUGCGUCUCUUACUGCGAGUCGCCGGCUGCUGCCAUGGACGCCUACUACAGCCCGGUGUCGCAGAGCCGGGAGGGCUCCUCGCCUUUCAGGGCAUACCCGGGCGGCGAGAAGUUCGGCACAACUUUCCUCUCGGCCGCCGCCAAAGGGCAGGGAUUCGCAGACGCCAAGAGCCGGGCCCGCUACGGCACGGGGCAGCAGGACCUGGCGGCAGCCCUGGAGAGCGGCGCCGGGGCGCGGGGCUCCUUUACCAAGUUCCAGCAGCAGCCGCCGCCGCAGCCGCAGCCGCCCGCCCCGCAGCCGCCGCCGCCGCCGCCCGCGCAGCCCCCGCAUCUCUACUUGCAGCGCGGCGCUUGCAAGACUCCCCCGGACGGCAGCCUCAAACUCCAGGACGGCAGUGGCGGCCACAACGGGGCCUUGCAGGUCCCCUGCUACGCCAAAGAGAGCUCCCUGGGUGAGCCAGAGUUGCCGCCGGACUCUGACACCGUGGGGAUGGACAGCAGCUACCUCAGUGUGAAGGAGGCUGGAGUGAAGGCACCCCAGGACCGGGCCAGCGCCGAGCUGCCCAGCCCGCUGGAGAAGGCCGACUCCGAGAGCAACAAGGGCAAGAAGCGGAGGAACAGAACCACCUUCACCAGCUACCAGUUGGAGGAGCUGGAGAAGGUCUUCCAGAAGACCCACUACCCCGACGUGUAUGCCCGGGAGCAGCUGGCCAUGAGGACAGACCUCACCGAGGCCCGCGUGCAGGUCAGUGAGGGCACCUGGGGAGAGGCUGGGAUAGCAGGGCCUGCCCUCUGUCUGGUGGCCAAAGCUGGGACUGCCUGA